AUGCUGCAGGCGUGUGCAGCAAGACCUCUCCUCCAAGCGAGCGCCUUGCGGGCGCUGUCUUGCUGCGCAGCAGCAGCGGAAGAGUUAGCAGCAGCGAAGCCAGGCACUGUAAGCGGCCCGUACGACCAGCACAUACUGCUGCAGUUGCCCCGCCCGGUUGACGCGGUGCGGGCGCCCGGGGUGCCCGGCGCCUGGUGGCCGCAGCUGGUAGAGCGGGAGCCCGCCGUUGUUGAGGCCUUCAGGGAGGUUGCAAGACGGGGUGAUGUCAUUGGAAAAGUGAAGAUCACCGCAUUUGAGGAGGUGGCGAGGCGGGACGAGGGCCCGCCGCCCGGCGCCUGCAACCUCCUUGCCUUCCCGGCAGGGCUGCAGUUUGACGGCCUCCCCGUGGAGCAGGUUGGGCUGGCGGUGGCGCUGGCAACCGCAGACGAACCCAACAAGCUGCCGAUGAGGGCGAGCGACCGAAGGGCGCUCACCGCAUGCAUGGCCGCGACGCACGACCUGUCGCUGUUUGUGUGCUGCCACGCCGCCCGCGACGCGCGCUGCGGCCAGCUAGGGCCGCCGCUGGCCGCGUCGCUGCACCGCCUGGUGCGUGCCCGCGGCCUGGAGGAGCAUGUGGCUGUGUAUGCCACAUCCCACAUCGGGGGGCACAAGUAUGCGGGCAAUGUGGUGUGCUACGGAGCCGUGCACCCCUGCGACGGCGACUGGUUUGGCGGUGUCAAUGCCGGCAACGCAGAGUCCUUUCUGGAUGCGCUGCUGGCGGUAGAGCUGGGCGUGGAUGGCGGGGCGGAGCAUGCGGCGCUGCGCCCCUUUUGGCGCGGGCGCAUGGGGCUUAGCAAGGAGGAGCAGCGGGAGCUGUGGGAGCAGGGCGGCGGCAUUGAAGAGUUGGAGGGAUCAGGGGAUGAAGAGGAGGAGAUUGAUGAGGAGCUAGAACAGCUGCUGGCGGAGCGCCGAAGAGGGCUGCUGUAG